AUAGAAAAACAAAUCUUCGGUAGGCAAUCCAGUCUAUACCAACUUUCUUCUUGUCGGACAAGGUGUCGUCGUAACAUCUCCGUCAGCGUUUCACAGGGUUUUUGACGUUAAAUGGUUUUUCCUCCGUCUGGACUGGAAAUGUGAACUGUUUUGUCAACCGCUCCUACUGUACUGUGAUUUCUUCGGCUUAAACGUCAUCAGAGCCCAGGUCACGACAUCAUCGAAUGCAGAUAGUAUCCACUGUUAGUCAGGUCAUCUAUGAUUCUCUGAAUUCAUUUUCUUCCCUCUAGUGUCAUUCUCAGCAUCUUUCAUGAUGAUGUUCAUGUCGAUCACAAACAAGGUAGGUGACACUGCGCAAUCUGUCAUUGUUUUCUAUAUAUUAAGUCCUUUCAUGCUGUGGUGAAGUUGUUAGCGAUGAACCUGAGUUGUAUACUAUCAAAGUACUUCUUCACGAUGCCUGGUGACAUAGUUAGGAAUGUGAUAAUGUUGCAAAGGUACCUGAAUCAGCUUUAGGGAUGCCUCCAUUUGCAUUUGCUAAUUUAGCCAACCCAAUGUCAAUAAGCUGCUUGGGUAGUCAGGUAACACAGUGGUUCGACGAACAUCUCACAUUCAAAGUAGCAAUCCAGGAAUUAUCCAAGUCAGCAAGUAGAGCCUUAGGUGCCCUCACUACAAAAUUCCUGAGUGUAGGAGGUAUGGAAUAUAAGCUAUCUACAAAACUUUUUGAAUCACUUGUACAACCUAUCUUAUUAUAUGGAGCUGCAGUAUGGGGACAUACGGAGCAUCGGAAAUUGAACAAUAUUCAAACGCGUGCCUUGAAACUCUUCUUAUGUGUCGGUAAACGUGCGUCAAACUUGGGUUCGUUAGGAGAUAUGGGAUGGACUUCAUUAGUAACAAAACAAAGGAUGGAGGUUUUUCGUCAAUACAUUCGUUUACAAAAUGUGGACGCAGAUCGUCUUCUUCACAAAAUUCAUAAAUGGUCUAUAAGAAGAGGAAACUCGUGGGAAGCUAGAGUUAAACGCCUAGCAUCAAAACUUAACAUUAGAGAUAUCAUAAACAGUGCUAAUAGUAAUAGGUGGAAAAUGUGUAACAUCGGGCGAAGCCUUCGUAUCCACGAUGAAGCUGUGUGGUUCACAAAACUCUGGACAGAUAAAGGAAUAAAUGGCAACAAACUGCGAACGUAUCGACGUUUUAAGAAAGAUAUGAUACCCGAUAGUUACGUGACGUCUAUUAUUCCAAGAAAUUAUCGUCGUGCAUUGUUGCGUCUUCGUUUGGGUUGUCUCCCCCUUUCCAUAGCGACAGGUCGAUAUACAAACAUUCCUCUAGAUGACCGCCUGUGUAAACAUUGUGAGAGUGGUCAAGUCGAAGACGAGAUAAACAUUUUCUAUGUGACUGUCCAGUUUUUAAUGAAAUUAGAACUGAUCUUUUUAAUGAAGCCAUUUACAGCCAUAUUACCAAACUUUCUUUUAUUAACUUCGUGUGAAAAAUUUGUAAGGUUAAUGGAGAUGCCGGAUAUUCAGUUUUUAUUAGCCAAAACAGUCUUUUUAAUGCUUAAGUACCGGCGCUCACUUGUGUAGGAAAUAUCAGUAUAUUUUGACUAGGUCUACAUGUAAUUAUCAAUACAGGACAUUAUAAUCGUAACUUUUAUUGUUUUAACCAUAACCUUAAUGCUUAACUAUAUAGUGUCUCAUAAGCCGAUAUCGGCUGGGUAUCACUUUUAUUAAUAACUGUUCAAUGUUGUUUUUAUUACUAUGUACUGUGAUAUGUGACACUCAAAUAAAAUAUAUUGAUUGAUUGAUUGAUUGAUUUGGUAACACAUUUGCCAUUCACCUAGCCGCCCGGGGUUCGAUACCUGGAAUGGGUGCGAUAAAGGUAUUGGGUCACCUGUCCGAACAGUUGGGUUUACCUCAGAUACACUGGUUUCCUCUCACAGUAAGACCCGUCGCGCGCUUCCACCUGGGCCAACACUAGUGAUUAAUAUAAGUUGGAAAAACUUGCUUCGCAAUUGUUGUAAAAUAAAUAAAGUUUAUAAAAAGAUAUCAUUUUUAAAAUGUCGCUCCUAUCAGAUGUAAUGAUAUCAAUCAUUCGAAUUACUUUUAUCACUAAAUUAAACUAAUGAUAUCACUAAACAGAAUUAAUAAUAUCUAUAAUUAGGUGUA